AACUCUUCCCCCCUCCCCCCACUCGCCCUCCGCCUGCGGCACACCAACCAGCCUUUCUCUUUGCCUCAGUCACUUCCUUCCUCGGCUUCUUCCUCCCCGGUGCGUUGAAGAAGGCAACCAGCCUGCACCGACGCUGCCCGUUUUCUCGGAAAAGAACAGGAGGUAGAGAGGCAGCAAUGAAUGUGGAUCAUGAAGUUAAACUCUUAGUGGAGGAAAUUCAUCGUCUUGGUUCAAAAAAUGCUGAUGGAAAAUUAAGUGUGAAAUUUGGGGUCCUCUUCCAAGAUGACAAAUGUGCCAACCUCUUUGAAGCACUGGUAGGGACUCUCAAAGCGGCAAAACGAAGGAAGAUUAUUACAUACUCAGGAGAGCUACUUUUGCAAGGUGUUCAUGAUGAUGUUGACAUUAUAUUGCUUCAAGAUUAAUGUGGUUUGCAUAGCUCUGUUUAUUGUUUUUUGUUUGUUUCUGGUAAACUGGAAUAUUAAGUCAAAGGACAAACAUACGAACCUACUUAAUGUAUUUUUAUAGAACUUUGUAAACAAAAGGAGACUCAUUUUAGAAGUCUGUCCUUUUUUCUAUCUUAAAAACAAGUUUGUGUAUUACACUGUAAAAUGAACAAAACCUAUUAUUUUUAUCAGGAAUCUGGUUGGAAAAUGUAAACAAUGGGGCUUUUUUGGUGGGGGUACCAGGAAUGUUUGUUUCAUAAAUUAUUCAUAGACAAUUUCUACAGAUAUUGGACAUUCUGUGAAAUCAAGAAACAAACUUGUAAGACUAGCUUCCACAAGGAAUAUAAUGUUUAUGUAAUAAAAACAUAUAACUCCCUUAAAA